AUGUUGGUCGUAAAAAAAUUGAACACAGAUCUAUCAGAAUGUCAAAUUUGUGGUGUUCCAGCUUCACAUGUGCAUUUUGGUGUUCUUUCAUGUGCAUCAUGUAAAAUCUUCUUCAAACGAAAUGCUGAAUUUGAACAAUUAACAACAUGGAAUCUUUUACAAUCGGACAAGUCAUUAUUGAAUUCUAAUCAAUGGACACUUCUUUCAAAUUUAAUUCAUAGUUAUGAUGCAUCAAAACUUCUCGCCAUUGCUCAGCGUUUAAUGAAUGAAAAUAAUAUUUUGCAAUCCGUUGAGAUGAGCAAUCCGAUAUUGAUGGAAGAAUUUGUCAAAGGAGCGUACGAAACAUCAGGAACAUAUCUUCGUUCCAAUAGGGAUCUUUUAAUUUUAUCAUCAGAAAAUCGAUCCGAAUUUCUUCGUGGUGCAGCUGAACAUGUCCAUUGUUUAAGUUCAAUUUUUGUUUUGAAUCAAUCUCAACUCUACAUUCAUCAACCAUUCUUAAACGCUUGUAGACGUCUCUAUGGAGAACAAUCAGUGGGUAUGGCUCAUCAUGUUAUGAAACAUAUUGAUCCUGAUGUUGUACUCGUCAAGUUGGCUCUUUCAUUAUUCGCUUUUUCCUUUAGUGUUUUAAUAUUUUCACCAUAUGUUACAAUGCAACAGAAUAAUUCUAGUUUAAUCUUUCACAUUCAAAAUACCUAUGCCGAAGUGACAUGGAAAUAUCUUAUCUACAAAUAUGGUUAUUAUCAAGCGAUUAUUCGAUUUACUAAUAUAAUUCAAUGUCUUCUGGCUGCUACGGAUACAGUGUCUAGAUCACAAAACAUAGAAAUCCAUACCAAUACUAUGGAAUCACUUGUUGAACAAACUGAAAUUUCAUUCAUCUUGGAAGAUACUGAAAGUAUAGAUUCAAAUAGUACAUAA